ACUCUGCAGAGGUACCCGUCUGUGACAGCCCGAUGCAGCUCCUCCCACUUCCUGCCCUCAUCCGGACAGAGACUCCCAUGGAUGCAAACAAGCCGAAGAAACGCAGUUUGACGACUUUCCCGGUUCUGAAAGCAAGGAAGAAGCCAAGUGUCCCCACUGUGAAGGGCCCCACUCUUCCUCCCGAGAUCUACAUGGUUGAGAGUAAGCCUUUGGUUCAAGCCCAGAAGCCAUCCUCCAAGGUCAAGAAGCUAAGAAUGACCCGAUGUUCACAAAAGACUACAAACACCAAUAUCACUACACUCCCUUUUGUGGACACAAAGGGGAGGCGGAACACAGUUAACUUCCCACACAUUGGCAACAAAGUCCUAUCAAAGCCAUCCAUCCUGUAUCAGGAAAAUCAAAUUCACAAUCAACUGCUCUCCUCUGAACUCAAGACUUCAGAAAUACCUUUCAACUUUAACCCUAAACCCCAAGACACCAAACCACGUGCAGAGCUAACAAAGAAGCACAAGGUUCCUCUUACAGCAGCAGAGGCCCUAAAGUUUUUUAAGAAUCAGCUGUCCCCAUAUGAGCAAAGUGAAAUCCUGGGCUACUCGGAACUGUGGUUCCUGGGGCUUGAAGCGAAGAAGCUAAAGGUGUCUCCUGACAAGUUCAGCAAGGCGAGCUUUGAUGAUGAGCAUGGUUCCUACAUGAAGGUCCUGCAUGACCACAUUGCCUACAGAUAUGAAGUUCUGGAGAUGAUCGGCAAAGGGUCCUUUGGACAGGUGGCCAAAUGUUUGGAUCACAAAAACAAUGAGUUGGUGGCCUUGAAAAUCAUCAGGAACAAAAAGAGAUUUCACCACCAGGCUCUGGUGGAGCUGAAGAUUCUGGAAGCCCUCAGAAAGAAGGACAAAGACAACAGCCACAAUGUGGUCCACAUGAAGGACUUCUUCUACUUCCGGAAUCACCUCUGUAUCACCUUUGAACUCCUGGGAAUCAACCUGUACGAGUUGAUGAAGAACAAUAGCUUCCAAGGCUUCAGUCUACCCUUAGUUCGGCGCUUCACCCUUUCUGUUUUGAAGUGCUUACAAAUGCUUUAUGUAGAGAAAAUCAUCCACUGUGAUCUCAAGCCGGAAAAUAUUGUGUUAUACCAGCGGGGCCAAGUCACUGUUAAAGUUAUUGACUUUGGAUCAAGCUGUUAUGAACACCAGAAAGUGUACACAUACAUCCAAAGCCGGUUCUACCGAUCUCCGGAAGUGAUUCUGGGCCACCCCUACAACAUGGCCAUUGAUAUGUGGAGCCUGGGCUGCAUCAUGGCAGAGCUGUACACCGGAUGCCCACUGUUCCCAGGGGAGAACGAGGUCGAACAACUGGCUUGCAUCAUGGAGGUUCUGGGCCUGCCACCUGCCCACCUCGUCCAGACGGCCUCUAGGAGACAGAUAUUCUUUGAUUCCAAAGGUCUUCCCAAAAAUAUAACCAACAACAGGGGAGAGAAAAGAUACCCAGACUCCAAGGAUCUCAUGAUGGUGCUGAAAACCUACGACUCCAGCUUCCUAGACUUUGUCAGAAGGUGUUUGGUAUGGGAGCCUUCUCUGCGCAUGACCCCUGACCAAGCCCUCAAGCAUGCCUGGAUUCACGAGCCACGGAAACUCAAAACACGGCCCAGGCCACAGAUCCUAAGAAAGUCUAGUUUGUGUACUUCUGAGAUAAGCAAGGACAAGGCUGAAGAACAUCGUUCCAGCAAAAACAAAACAGAUGAGACCACCAAAGAAACUACAGACAUACUAAACGAUGACGCUGAGAAGCAUGGUCAGAAUUCAGGCAAACAGCAGAGCUCUCUCCAGCACAUGGGUGACACAGUCCAGCUGCCUCAACUAACAGAAGCAUCUGGAAAGCCAGAGACUGUUGCUGGGUCAGAGGUGACCACAGAACAACAAUGCACCUCCUCCCCCAAAAGCACAAACAUUCUACCACCCAUCUUGUGACCCUCACGGAGGGUGCAUCCUGUUCCUCACCACUAUCGACUUGUAUUAGAGAAGGCACUUUGAUUGUACAAUACUUCACACUGCUUUUUUAAUGCAUAAAGAUUUGUAAGAAAAAUCAAACUCUAUUCACAGGGUUCAGGGUAGAGGUGCUUACCUGAACUUACUUUUUAGGGUGUGUGUAUGUUUGUGUAGGGGGCAGUGUCAGAUGCUACAGCCUCACUCAUGGAACUGUAAAUAAAAUCAGAUCUUUUCUUCUUUGUGACUGUCAAA